AUGCUUGACCAGCUUGCCGGGCGGCCCAGUCCCUCAUGGCGGCGGUCCCAGGUCUGGCUCGUCCUCCUCUUCUGGGUCUCGCGCAUCGUCUUCGGCCCAUCCCGUCCGCCAAAACUUCCCUGGCUCCGCCGCCUGCACCGCGCCAUUGAGCGCCGCUGCUCGCCGUGGCAGAUCGUCCUCUCGACCUUGACCCUCCUGUACGCCGUGCGCCAUGGCGACGUCCUCCUCGGCCUCCAGGCGCCAGAGCCACUCGCGAGGCUCUACUCGAGGGACUACUACCGCGCAACCUGGAUCACGACGGCGCUCGACGCCGGCUUCGCGACUGCCAUGGGCAUCAAGUGGAAAUGGCUUCGAGACGUCGCGUCGCUCGCCUUCUCGGGCUACUACCUUCUGUUCGCCAACGAGGCCGACGAGAAGCUCCGCAAGUUCCGGGCCUUCUGCACGGUCGAGAUGCUUCGCGUCACGUGGGAGAAGCAGAGCAACCCGUACGUCAAGUUCGCAACGCGGCCGCACCGGCCCCCUGUCGGCAUCCAGCGCAAGCUCUUCCUCGCCCGGCCCAAGGGCAGCCGCUACAGCAAGCCGAUCACGCUGCACCUGUACUACGCCGGCACCGACGCCGACCUCGGCUCGGCGCACGAGCUCGUCAUGGACAUCCCUGGCGGCGGCUUCAUCUGCAUGACGCCCGAGCACCAUGCCGAGCGGCUCCUGCGGUGGGCCAAGCAGCUCGGCCCGACCAAGGCCGUCGUCAGCUUCAACUAUGGCAAGGCGCCCGAGUACCCGUUCCCGUUCGCGAUCGACGAGAUGUACGACGCCUACUCGCUCCUGCACGACACCAAGGGCAAGUGCAUCGGCAUGAACACGAGCGGCGACAAGGACCUCGAGGUCGUGCUCACGGGUGACUCGGCGGGCGCCAACAUCGCGACGGCCAUGGUCAUCAAGCUCCUCGAAGAGUCGUCGACGCCCAAGCCCUCCUCUUCUCGCGCAUCCUCCUCCUCCUCCUCGGCAUCGCGACCCCUCCCCCUCCCUGCCGGCCUCAUCUUCGCCUACCCGGCCCUGUCGUUCCACUUUACGUCGUGGAUGCCCUCUCAAGACCUGCGAGUGCUGCGGUCCGAGUCGCACCCGGACGUCGCCAACCUCCUGCGGCAGAAGGACCACCUCGAGCACCGCUCGCCGCUCGCCGUCGUCGAGGACCUCGAGCGUCGCAGCCCGAGCAGCGAGCGCGGCCGGCCGACCGUGCUUCGGCGCCGCAGGACGACGAGCUGGGGCCGGGGGCUCGUGCGCAACUUGCCCGGGAGCUCGAGCUUCUCGGCGAUCCGCGAGCUCGGCGGCACGACGGCGGGGGAGCACGCCUCGGGUGCGGCGAGCGGGACCGGUGCAGCAGAGGAGGAGGGACGAGUCGAGGACGGCGAGCAGGAGGAGGUCGCCGUCACGGACGAGCGCGACAUGAGCCUGUCGGAGCGCGUCCUGUGGUGGGACAACGGCGCGAGCGGUGCAGCGUCGCACUUGUCGUCUUCGAGAACGUCGGCUACGGCGGCCGAGCUGCACGAGCAGAAGCGGCUCGAGGGCAAGGUGAGGGAGGACGAGGGCAAGAAGGAGGCGGAGCUCGAGGGCAAGGGCGAGGGCAAGGGCAGGAGCGCGCUCGCCGGCACGAGGCUCGCCAUGACGAGUCGAACGGCCUUCUUCAACGACCGCAUCAUUGCUCCCUCGAUGCUGCGCGCCAUGGCGCUCCUGUACAUCGGCCCCCGCAACGCGCCCGACCUGCACUCGGACUUCCACAUCUCGCCCAUCUUCACCCCGUCACACAUGCUCGCGCGCUUCCCGCCUGUCUACAUGUCGUGCGGCGAGCGUGACCCUCUCGUCGACGACACCGUCAUCUUUGCCGGCAAGCUGCGCGAGGCCAAGGAGGCGCGCAAGCUCGAGCUCCUCGCCCGCGAGUCGCGCCACGGCGCCGGCCUGCGCAUGUCGUCGUCGUCGAGCGUGCGCGACCCGAUCCUGGACGAGGACGAGGACGACUGGGUCCGCACGAGCAUCAUCGCCGGGUGGAGCCACGGGUACCUGCAGAUGGUCAGCCUGUUGCCUGCGGCCGACAGGGUCAUCGCCAUGCACGCCGACUGGAUCGUCGAGGCGUUCGAGCGC